AUGGCCGUUUCUGACAGCAUUGCUAAGACGAAAUCGCUCGAUCACCUGGUUCUUACCGUGCGCGACCUAGAUGCGACGAUCAAGUUCUAUACCGAGGUCAUGGGUAUGCAGGUCGAGACCUUCUCGUCCGGAGGCGAGUCGCGGUUCGCUCUGAAAUUCGGUUCUUCUAAGAUCAAUCUGCACGUACACCGAAAGGAGUUCGAGCCCAAAGCUCAGAAUGUCAUGCCUGGCAGUGCUGAUCUAUGCUUCCUUGUCGAGACUGACGUUAAUGAUGUCCUCAAAGGGCUCAAGGAUCGAGGGAUUGACGUCCUUGAGGAUAGUCGUGUCGUUGAAAGGACUGGUGCCCAGGGGAAGAUCAACUCUGUUUAUUGCAGAGAUCCAGACGGCAACCUUAUUGAGUAUCGCUCACCCUUUACCUGA